AUGAGCCACAGAGUGCGGCUCAUUUGGCGGCUCGAUCCGCGGAUUGCGGCUCCAGCUCGCGCGGCUCCGGCUCUUCCAGCGGCUCUGAUCCAUGCGGAUCUGGAUCAAGCCCCCGGAAGUCACCUGAUCCCUCAUCCUCUCCAAGGUAUUCGAGUACUGGACCUAACACGGGUACUCGCCGGUCCUGUAUGCGGACGAACACUUGCUGCGCACGGUGCAGACGUCCUUUGGAUCACGUCCCCCAGUCUACCAGCACUCCCUCUCCUCGACAUCGACACCUCCCGUGGCAAACGCACUACUCAGCUUGACCUCAACGCCACCAAGGAUCGGGAACAGCUGUCAUAUCUCAUUCACGACAGCGAUGUUUUCCUUCAGGCUUACCACCCGGGCGGUUUAGCAAACAAGGGGUUUGGCGUCGAAGAUGCCGCACGAGCACGACCUGGCAUUGUAUAUGCCAGUUUGACCGCGUAUGACUGGGACGGUCCUUGGAAGGAACGCCGCGGCUUUGACUCACUGGUUCAAACGGCUACCGGAUUCAACGUGGCCGAAGCAGAGGCAUACGCGGCCUUCACCGGAGCGGAGUUUGAGCCUCCGAGGCCGCUUCCUAUGCAAGCACUGGAUCACGCUGCCGGCUAUUUGCUAGCGUUUGGUAUCCAAGCGGCGUUAUGCAAGACCAUCACAGAAGGUGGUUCAUGGGAAGUCAGAGUCUCCCUUGCGGCCGUGGCGCAAUGGAUUGCAUUCGGGGAAGGAAGGCCUCUUCCACCUCGCUCCAUGGAUGAUGAGGAGCUUUCGCGGAUAGUGGUAGAGAUUCCUGUAAUUUCUGCGCAAGGCGAACCUCAGAAAGCCAUGAAGGCGAUUCGGCACUCAGCGGUGUUGUCGGCUACUCCGGUUCAGGAAGGCGAGGCUCCCAUGCGUCUUGAUUCUCAUCCACCCCAAUGGCUACCCCGAAUGUGA